AUGACAGAUUUUCAGCCUCUGCAGCAAAAGCCUGAAUCUGCUGAUUCCCAUGCUGAUUUUGAGCAUGGAUUGGAGAACUUUAUGCGUGGUCAGUUGGAUGAUUGUAUGUCAUUUGCUUCCUGUAGCUCUUCCCGGGCACCCGAAGAUGAGGACGACGAGAGUGAUCAGCUAGUUCGGAGGAGAAGGAGGUCUGAUCUUGAGGGGGACGAUUUAGCAGAGUCGUCAGCAGCACGGAGGCGGCAUUCAAGAAUUUUGAGCAGAUGGGCUGCUCGCCAGGCGCAGGAGAUGAUAACUACUAUUGAAAGAAGGAAUCGAGAGUCAGAGUUGAUGGCGCUUGCAGGGUUACAUACGGUGUCCAUGUUGGACUCCUCUUUUCUGAGGGGGUCACAGUCUCCUAGUUCUGGCCAGGAGGGGACUGUGGAGAGGCCCAGCACUCAGGCAUCUUCCAUUCUGCAGAUGUGGCGGGAGUUAGAGGAUGAACAUUUGUUGAAUCGGGCACGGGAAAGGAUGAGGGAAAGGUUGAGGCAGCAAAGGAGUUCUGAUGCUAAUACUAAUGUGUCAAGUACUAUGUCUGACAGUCGAGGCAGUGAGAAUCGAGGGAGUUUGGGGGAUGCAAGUGAGAGUGAAAAUGAUUAUGGUACCUGGUCACAUGAUCAGAUUGGAUCACGGAAUGCUCAUGUGAAUCGUAACGGGUCUAGCAGGGAGCAAUCUCCCGAUCUUGGUGAAGUUGAGAGGGAGAGAGUUAGACAGAUUGUUCGGGGAUGGAUGGAAAGUGGUAUUAGUGAUCAUUCAUCUAAUGUGAGCCAGAGAAACAACAACCACAGAUCAGAAUGGCUUGGAGAAACAGAGCGUGAGAGAGUAAGAAUUGUCAGGGAAUGGGUGCAAAUGACUAGCCAGCAGAGAGGUUCACGAGGGAGUCGUAGGGAUGCUCAAGCAAGUGAAUCUGCUCAAGCUGUUCGGACCCGUGAUAUGGCAGCUGACCAUGAUGAGGGUCAGCCAGAGCAUGUUCGGCGGGACAUGCUGAGGUUGCGUGGAAGACAGGCUCUAGUUGAUUUGCUUGUUAGGGUAGAAAGGGAAAGACAAAGAGAGCUGCAGGGUUUGUUGGAGCACCGUGCUGUUUCUGAUUUUGCUCAUCGCAAUCGUAUUCAGUCAUUGCUCAGAGGCAGAUUCCUUCGAAAUGAAACUGUUGAAGAUGAAAGGCCUCCUUCUACAGCUGCAAGUGAAUUAGUUCAGUUACGACAACGACACACAGUCUCUGGUAUAAGGGAGGGGUUUCGUUCAAGAUUAGAAAAUAUUGUUCGCGGUCAAGCUGGGCCCAAUCCUGAUGCCACGUCUAAUAGUAACAAUGAUGAAACAAGACAUGAUGAGAACCAAUCAAUCAGUAUUGGAGAUGCCCAAGAAGAAAAUCAUGACCCAGAGCAGAUUAGGGGGCCAGAAACAGACACUCGUCAGUUGCCUAAUCAAACAGGAACUUUGGAGAGUAGCACAAGUGAGACUAUUAGUUGGCAAGAAGCUAGUAAUCAAGGAGGGGAUUGGCAGGAACAGAUUGCCGAAAAUGGGGGAGAAAACUGGCAGCAGAGAAUUAAUGGUCCAUUUAAUCAGCUCAGAGAUGGAAGGGAAGCCAGUGAUUGGCCACAGGAAACUCCCAGAAGUUCAGCUGGAGAAGAUCCACAUCCACAGGAAGCUCAAAGAGUUUGGGAGGACCAUAACACAAGAGAAGCUGAUGGUAAUUGGCCUGAAGAACCUUCUACAGCCUCAAGGAAUCGCCGCGGUGUUCCUUUUAGAAGAUUAAACAGAUUUCAUCCUCCUGAUGAUGAUAACGUAUACAGUAUGGAGCUUAGAGAACUUCUGAGCAGGCGAAGCGUAUCUAACCUUCUUCGCAGUGGUUUCCGUGAAAGUCUGGAUCAACUAAUACAGUCAUAUGUUGAAAGGCAAGGCCGCGCUCCAGUUGACUGGGAUUUGCAUCGAAACUUGCCUGCAACGACUCCUGCCUCACCUGAACGAGACCCUGAUCAGCAGGGUGAUGAACGUAAUGAGGGUCAGCAUGAAGCAAUUAACAGACCUUCACUAGUGUUUCCUCCUCCACCCGUGCCACCGCCGCAACCUCUGUGGCACCAAGACUUGCACCAAACUGGAUGGUCUCGUCAUACCAUGCAUCGCUCUGAAAUUGAAUGGGAGAUAAUGAAUGAUUUAAGAUCAGAUAUGGCAAGACUUCAGCAAGGUAUGAAUCACAUGCAGAGGAUGUUAGAAGCCUGCAUGGAUAUGCAACUGGAAUUGCAGAGAUCUGUCAGACAGGAAGUCUCUGCAGCUCUGAACCGCUCAGCUGGUGAAAAUGGAUUGGGUGGUGAGACAUCUGAUGAUGGAUCUAAAUGGGCGCAUGUGAAAAAAGGAACUUGCUGUGUUUGUUGUGAUAACCACAUUGAUUCGCUUUUGUACAGAUGCGGACACAUGUGCACAUGUUCAAAAUGUGCCAAUGAGUUAAUUCGUGGAGGAGGCAAGUGUCCUUUAUGCCGAGCACCAAUUGUUGAGGUGGUCCGAGCAUAUUCCAUACUGUAA